GCAAUUCAAAAGCGCAAUGGUUUUUGGAUUCAUCUUGCGUUUGCUCUCCAGAUGAAACCAGGAGUUGCUUUAGCUACUGAAAUCCCGUAACCGCCUCCCUCUCCCACCUCAACACCGCCACGCUCACGCGCACAACCGGAAGGAAGGCAGGCAGGAGACGAAGCCGCGAUGGCGCUGGUCCUCGGCUUCCCCGGUGGACGCGGCGGCGUUCGCCUCAUCUUCUCCCGCCUGCUUCAGCGGCUUCUCGGGCCGCGCUCCCGUCGCCCCCGCGCUGUCGCCUCGCCCGCUUCGUACGCCAGAGACGAAGACGACGAGACCUCGCCGUUCAUGGAGGGAAUUCCGGGCAGCAUCGUCUCCGACUCCACCUCCGGCUCUCACUACGCCCGCGAUUCGGCCUACAUGCGCAUGUAUGGGGCGAAUCCUCUGCCAUUCGGCCCACCCGAAUGGCCUGCCGACCAGCUGUUCGACGUCGAGACUGCAUGGCCUGAGAGCGCCAAAGGGGGCCUGGAGAUGACGACCGGCACCAGGCACGCCGCACGGGUCCCCAGGGCGCGUGUUCCUGCACAGCCUCCGGUGGUCGUGGUUGAGACUGUUGCUGGCCAGACUCCCAUGCUGCACAUACCGCUGACCGAUGGGCUACUAGCUUCGUUCCUGGCACAGGCAGUGGGAGUUCACGCUGAUGGCACUUAUGGGGUGGCAGAAAACCCUGCAUCCAUCCCAACUUCCUCAGAUAGCAAGGGAGUGGGAGUUCACACUGUUGGCACCGAUGGGGUGACAGCGAAUCGUCCAUUGAUCCCAACUUCCUCAGGCUCAGAGUCAGAUAGCAAGGGAGCACCAACCCAAUGGAUGAAAGUGUUUAGGGGCCUGCUUCUGGCGCACGUCUUCUUCGCAUUGCCUUUAGUUGUGAUCUUUUUCCCAAGAUAUGAGAAGGGGGCGAAGAAUGAUUUGCUGCUCAGUUUGUUUGACAGAAAAGAAGUGGGUAUCGAGAAACUAGUUGUGUUAGCUCUGUUUGUAGCUCAUGCAAGUCUUGGCUCGCUGGGUGUUCUGCUCGCUCAUAUUGCAGAUGGUCAAUGCAUGGGAUUCGUUGGCUCACUUACUCUGUGCAUCAUCAUCUCUGUUGUGGGAUUCAUCGAUUACAUCUUCUUCAAGGCUCUCCCUACUGAGACAACCUAUAUUGUACUUUUUCUGGGCCAUUUCAUUGCGAUGCUACUAUUGAUCUGCGGUCUGUGGGCUAAAUUUGUGGGGUUUUCACCAUGCUGCUGUUCGAAGGUGGAUUCUAGGAGACGGCUGCCAGUUUGACCUGCUUGCUGGACACCUUUUGGCGUGACCAUUGCUGACUCUAUUAGGCUGUCUUGGAUCGUCUACCUCAUCCUGUUUGACCUGCUUGCUGGACACCUUUCAGCGGUGCUGACGAUCAUGGGAAAUUUGGCUGACUCUGUUCAGCUUCUUUGCCAGAUGCACAUACGAUGCAGCUACAUGUGGAUAACUAGUCAUAGAGUUUGCAAGAAAAACUAACAAACAGGUAGUUUCUCUGCGGUUGAGGGCCACACGCAUCACCAUCCGCAGCAACUAUAUAGUCAACAUGCAGGAAAUACUCUUUUGGUGCGGCCUAUUCGAAUGGAUUGCCAACAAACUGGUGGGCUAAACUUUGUUCAGUGUUUCGUCCAAUCGAUGUCUAGCACUUUGUCACCUUGUAUGAAAUCUGUGAUUGCAAGGCGUGUUUCAGAGUAUGAUGUCUUUCAUGAAAUUGAUCCUGCUGUAUGUUCAAUUCGGAGAUAAAUUCUUGUUUUGCUUAAAUACUGUCUCCUUUUUGGAGUGUAGAAAUUCAGUUGCAUAUUGUAGACAAGAGUUGUUAAGUUUCGUUGAUGUGCUGAACAUACAACUUUCACGAUGCAUUGGUUUGUGUCAAGUGUUAGUUAUAGUUAACAUUCAUCUGUUCAAUGUACA